UACUGUUCUGUUUUCACUUAAGUGAAUACGCGUUUGUGUUUCGAAACCGACAAUCAAAAAAUUUGUAAAAAAAAAAAAUAACAAAUAUUCGUUUUUAACACCUUUACUUUCAGCAAUUUUUUUCGCUCCACUGUAAUUUACGAAACUCUUCAAAAUUCAGAGCAUACCAAGCUUAAAACUGGAUAGGAUGGAGAAGUUGAACUCCACGCUGGGCGCUGUGAGAUCACUGCGUUCCAGCGUACGCCAAUGCUUCGAGCACUUGGCCGAUGGCACAAAUGCCGAAUUGGGGGAAGAUAGUCGAACUAAGUUUCUUCUAAAAUUUCAAGAGAACUUUAGUAACAUGAAUGCACAGCUCAGGGAAGUUGAAAGUUUAAUUAAUGGUUUACAAGCUCCACAAACUCCCUACUGCUUGGGACAAACAACUUAUCUUGCACAGGAAACUGCCCCAGAACGACAAGCAUUAUAUUCCCAACUGGUGAAUAGUUAUAAAUGGAUCGAUAAAGUACAUGAUCACAGUUUCCUAGCAUUUAAUAAUCUAAAUCAGAACAAUCUCAGAAGGUCCUACACGUAUUGCUCUCAGAAAAGAGUACGUAUACCAUUUGCUUCCUGUAACAACACCGAUCCAGAUCAUACUGACAAAUUGUUAAGUGAAAUAAAUCUACCGCUUACAAGCUAUCAAGUUUGUCGUCCGUUUGGUUCUAAUGUAGUUGUGAUUGUCACCAUUAGCCGAGUACUGAAAGCAGCAAUAGUAUGUAAGGGUGUGCUUAUUGAAUGGGUAACAGUGAAGGGAUUUGAUGAAACUCUUGAUCCGGAUGAUUUGUGGACAGAAUCUCGUUAUGAAGUUUUCCGGAAAGUUCAAGAACAUACUCACAUUGCAAUGUUGCACUUCUUUUCGCCUACCCUGCCAGAUUUGGCCAUAAAAAGUUACAUGACUUGGCUAAAUAGUUAUAGUAAACUAUUUUUGGAAGCAUGUAAACGGUGCGGAAAGUUCGUUUCAAAUGGCUUGCCACCGACCUGGCGUGAUUUGCGUACACUCGAACCAUUUCAUGAGGAAUGCCGCAAUUGUUAAAUUGCUACGUUUUUAGAAAUAAGAUAAAAAAGAAGACAACAUUUUAUAUAUUUGCAUAGAAUUAAAUAAUUUCAAUAUAUA